AUGAGCGGUGGGCAGGACGCGCUCAGCCAGAUGCUGCUGAAGAUAUUGUACACGGUGGACAACGAGGCGACGUCUUUUCUGACGCGCAGCCGGGAACCCGCGCCGGUGCGCGUGGAGAUGGUGCCGAUGAGCUCGCCGCCGGCGAAGGUGGGGGUGCGGAUUGGGAUCGUGGAAGUGGCGCAUGUGCUGGGGGAGGUGUGCAAGAGCUCGCCCGAGCUGUUCCAGCCGGCGGCGGGGCCUGCGGAGAGCGACUACAACGUGUACUUCAAGGACGUGGUGGAGGCAGACGAGCCGUUCGUGAGCCUGGGGCUGCUGUCGAAGCUGCGGGGGGGCGACGCGGACGAGACGCUGGUUAUCGGGCGCAUCUGCACGAAUUUCACGUCGCUGCUGCCGGGCGGCGGGCGGGGCUGCGAGACGCUGGAGGUGAAGAUGCGGUUUUCGAAGGUGCUGACGCGAAGCAACUCGCACCGCGGGAGCCUGGUGAAGGCGGUGCCGGCGCGGCGGAUGAACAGCGCGGCGGCGGCGCGGCGGCUGCCGGCGCCUGUGGGCGGGCCGGCGAAGCGGAGACGCGACGCGAACCCGUUGCCGGCGACGAAGGCCUUCCGGACGCAAUCGCUGCCGAUCUGGGACAACCCCAAGAACAGCGGCAUCCGCGGGGGGACCAUAGCGCACAAGAUCUACAUGGCGGAUCGGAACAAGGAGCAGCAGUCCAUCCAGCUGUCGCAGCAGCAGCAGGGCACACUGCAGGACAGGAAGCCGACAUACCAAGUCAUGUCUCUCCAGAGCGACACGACGGUGACCAAGUUCAAGGUCGACGACUCCAUCAGCAAGCGUUUCGAGUUCAUGAACAAGCCGAAGGCCAAGCGCGCGACCGCGCCGCGGCAGGCGGCGACCAGCAGCCCUGCAAUGGCCUCGGGCGCCGGCAAGCGCGUGCACAAGCCCAAGGUGCAGCAGGGCCGCGGCGGCGCCGCGCAGGCCGAUUCGGCGAAGCAGAGUAAUACGCCCAGGGACUUCGGUGCGCUCGGAGAAGACCAAUCGCUGCAGGAAUUCCUGUCGCAGUCCGAGAUUAAGAGCGAUCUGUUCGAACUGGAGGAGCAGAACGACGAGAGCGCAAGCUCCAACAAGGAGAACGUACCCCCGAGCUCCUCGUCGGUGUUCCAGCAGCAGCUUCUGCCCACAGAUAUGGACGACUUUUUCAACCUCGACCUCGACCAUAUGAAGAACACCGAUGAUGAGUGGUUCCAGGGCCUGUUCGGCACUCCUCGGGACGCGACCACCUGCAACACCAUGCCCAUCGAGGACGACAACGACAUCUCGCAGGCAGACACCGCAUCCACCAUGGUGCACGAAGCUCAGCACUCGACGACCGUCCUCCAUAACGACCAUCUCAGCGACCUGGACAGGACGUCACCCAUCGAUACGCUGUCAAUGCCGCUGCUGGACCUCGAGCCUCGCUCAAACCAGCCCGCAAAGUUCGUGAGCUGUGCAGACCAGCUGAAGCGGCUGCCGUUGUUGAUCAAGGGUAAGGAAGGCGCAACUACCAACACACCUGAGGACGAACACCUGGAGGACGACGUUACCUCGCUUGUCAUCCAGAUGAGCACCUCGCCGUCCCCCGAAGACGGGGACCAGGAUGCACUGCCUCCGAAGCAGCCCCAGGAGAAACACCUGCUGUGCGACGAGCUACCAUCCGACUGUGACGAUGACGACGACGAUGACGACGAACGCCUUGAGUGUAUGAAAAAACGCAAGACCAUGCCCUCAUCACCCACCUCCAUGUUUCAGCCGUACCGCGACCUUGAUGGCCUCGGUGCUGAGAACCGCGCUGACGACACCAGCUUCAUAGCUACUGAUGACUUUGCCAUGGCAAAACUACCCCCGCAUGCAGACUCCACACCAGCUACACACAUUAGUUCUGCUGACGACCUUAAAAAGAAAAAGGAUCUUACGAACAGUGACAACCAUUAUUGGUCAUGA